AGUAGGGAAGGCAUGAACAGGAAGCCAUGACUGGGGAAGAAGUUUCUGGGCCCAGUAGAAAAUGUAGGUAGACUUAGGGUUAUGUAGCAGCUCUCAGGAACUUGUCCCCGCCCAUAAGAUCCGGAAGGGCCGUCCAUUUUGACUAUCUCCAGGACAGUUAGAACUCGUUUCCUCCUCCGUGUCAGCCAUCAAGAGGUGCUCAGGGGACUGUGCCCAGCAGGACACCCUGCCCAGCAGAACAGUAGGGGAGCCAAGUGGCCUAGAUCUACUGUGGACUACCUGUUUGCCUGUCUGUCUGCCCUCCUCUUUACCUCGUUCUCAUCACUGACAUCUACCAUUGGCUUGGCAAUCAGGAACCAAUAUCCAUCUAGAUGAUUGAUUUUGAUGAUGUGGCCGCAAUAAACCCAGAACUUUUACAACUUCUUCCCUUACACCCAAAGGACAAUCUGCCCCUACAAGAGAAUGUAACGGUCCAGAAACAAAAACGCAGAUCAGUCAACUCCAAAAUUCCUGCUCCGAAGGAAGGUCUCCGCGGCCGCUCCACUCGAAUGUCUACUGUCUCAGAGGUUCGCAUCACCACUCAGGAGAAUGAUAUGGAGGUAGAGCUACCAGUGUCUACAAAUUCCCGCAAGCAGUUUUCAGUUCCCACUGGCCCCCCUCGGCCCUCCUGUUCGGCAGUGGCUGAAAUACCAUUGACGAUGGUCAGCGAGGAGGUGGAAGAGCAAGUCCAUUCCAUCCGAGGCAGCUCUUCUGCAAACCCUGUGAACUCAGUUCGGAGGAAAUCCUGUAUUGUGAAGGAAAUGGAAAAAAUGAAGAACAAGAGAGAAGAGAAGAGGGCCCAGAACUCCGAAAUGAGAAUAAAGCGAGCACAGGAGUAUGACAGCAGCUUUCCAAACUGGGAAUUUGCCCGGAUGAUUAAAGAAUUUCGGGCUACUUUGGAAUGUCAUCCGCUUACUGUGACUGAUCCUAUCGAAGAGCACAGGAUAUGUGUCUGUGUGAGGAAACGCCCGCUGAAUAAACAAGAAUUGGCCAAGAAAGAAAUUGAUGUGAUUUCCGUUCCCAGCAAGUGUCUCCUCUUGGUCCACGAGCCCAAGUUAAAAGUGGACUUAACAAAGUAUCUGGAGAACCAAGCCUUUUGCUUUGACUUUGCAUUUGAUGAAACAGUUUCAAAUGAAGUUGUGUACAGGUUCACAGCAAGGCCACUGGUCCAGACCAUCUUUGAAGGGGGAAAAGCAACCUGUUUUGCAUACGGCCAGACGGGAAGUGGCAAGACACAUACCAUGGGCGGAGACCUCUCUGGGAAAGCCCAGAAUGCAUCCAAAGGGAUCUAUGCCAUGGCCUCCCGAGAUGUCUUCCUCCUGAAGAAUCAGCCCCGCUACCGGAACCUGGGCCUGGAAGUCUAUGUGACAUUCUUCGAGAUCUAUAAUGGAAAGCUGUUCGACCUGCUCAACAAGAAAGCCAAGCUGCGUGUGCUAGAGGACGGCAAGCAGCAGGUGCAGGUGGUGGGACUGCAGGAGCACCUGGUUAGCUGUGCCGACGAUGUCAUCAAGAUGAUCGACAUAGGCAGUGCCUGCAGGACCUCUGGGCAGACAUUUGCCAACUCCAACUCUUCCCGCUCCCAUGCCUGCUUCCAGAUUCUUCUUCGAGCCAAAGGGAGAGUGCAUGGCAAGUUCUCUUUGGUGGAUCUGGCAGGGAAUGAGAGAGGUGCGGACACUUCCAGUGCUGACCGGCAGACCCGCAUGGAAGGUGCAGAAAUCAACAAGAGCCUCCUGGCUCUGAAGGAGUGCAUCAGGGCCCUGGGACAGAACAAGGCUCACACCCCAUUUCGAGAGAGCAAGCUGACACAGGUGCUGAGGGACUCCUUUAUCGGGGAGAACUCAAGGACCUGCAUGAUUGCCAUGAUCUCACCAGGCAUAAGCUCCUGUGAAUAUACUUUAAACACACUAAGAUACGCAGACAGGGUCAAGGAGCUGAGCCCCCACAGUGGGUCCAGUGGGGAGCAGCCAACUCAGAUGGAAACAGAAGAGAUGGAAGCCAGUUCUCAUGGGUCCCUGAUCACAGGCAAUUUCUCCAAGGAAGAGGAGGAACUAUCUUCCCAGAUGUCCAGUUUUAAUGAAGCCAUGUCUCAGAUCAGGGAGUUGGAGGAAAGGGCCGUGGAGGAGCUCAAGGAGAUUAUACAGCAAGGGCCAGGCUGGCUGGAGCUCUCUGAGAUGACUGAGCAGCCAGACUAUGACCUGGAGACCUUUGUGAACAAGGCAGAGUCUGCCUUGGUCCAGCAAGCCAAGCACUUCUCAGCCCUGCGAGAUGUCAUCAAGGCCUUGCGCCUGGCCAUGCAGCUGGAAGAGCAGGCCAGCAAACAAAUAAGCAACAAGAAACGGCCCCAGUGACGACUGCAAAUAAAAGAUCUGUUUGGUUUCACACCCAGCCUCUUCCACUCUCCAUCCCUCCCCAGCAAACUUUGGGCACCGGGUGGGUCUAGUCAGGGUCUGAGCUGGGACAGGCUUUGGUAAAUGCCAAGUAUGGAGGCCUGGGGCAGCUGGGGAGGUGGUCAGAGUGACAUGGGACACUACUUUCCUUUUCCUCAGUUGUAGCGCUCAAGGGAGCAAGAAUGGGAAGAAAGAAGAUGGGAAGGGUGUUGCCUUCUCUCCAGGAGGGGAAGACUCUCUGGUAUAGAGUUUUCCCUUGGGCGGCCUUCUGCCUAUGUGGACUGGCUACUGGUGGGGUGGUCCGUGGGGUUAUCCUGGCUCUGGGGAGAGGGAAGGAGGCUUUAGUCCAUCUCUCUGCUGGCUCUGGCCUGCCUUCCAUGCCCUUGGUUCAGGCACUAUGUCUUGUACUUUAAAAAAAGUCUCUGGGAUCUCUUCCUUGCUGGUUUUUGAGGCUCAAGAGGUCCCUGCUGUUUUCUGUUUUACGUGUUUAUACAUUGUGUCUAACAAUAAAGAAAGGGAAAAAUCAA